UCAAAAUUUUUUUAUUCCAUCCGCAGCUAAGGAAGGCACUGUAAACUAGUUUUUCCGAAGGGAAUUAAGGUUUAGGGUGUUGUGUGCGCCUCUCAUUUUGAGUCUUCGAUUUGGCCGGGCUUCUCUGGAACCAACAAAGUCAAAGAGGCAAACCUCUCUCACCCCCUCGAUUUCUUGUAUGCGUGUCAAUUUCAGAAAUAGAAAUUGAUUUUUGCAGAAGGAAUAAUGGCAAGGUUACUGUCGAAUACAAUCUUGAAGGGUAUUUCGCGUGCAUCACAGUCUCCUAGAAUUGUGCCUGCAUCUUUUAACCACGUCAAGCUCAGAUUCUCUACCACCAUUCCCAAUGAUCCCGACAGUCAUGCAGAUUUUCAACCAAAUAAUAAGGCUGUGAAUGAGAGUGGGAGUUGUAGCGGAAUUAAUAUUAAGGAACUUGUUGACAAGGAUGUCAAGGAACACCCAAUAGUAAUUUACAUGAAGGGAUAUCCUGACCUUCCUCAAUGUGGAUUUAGCGCUCUGGCGGUUAGAGUAUUGAAACAAUACAAUGUUCCGAUAACUGCUAGAAAUAUAUUGGAGUAUCCUGACCUAAGAACUGGAGUAAAAGCAUACAGCAAUUGGCCUACAUUUCCUCAAAUUUUUAUCAAGGGAGAGUUUAUUGGUGGCUCAGAUAUAAUUAUGAAUAUGCACCAGACUGGCGAACUGAAAGAAAAGCUCCAAGAUAUUGCAGGAAAAGAGGAGUCUGAAUAAGUCUUUCUGGCUGAAUUUUCGGAAAAUUUGAUGGGUUAUUAUGGUCUCCGUUUUUUUCCUUUGCUCCAACCGGAAGUGAUGAGAUACUAAUAUGCAAGGUUUAUGCUAGGCAUGUUUCAGCAGUAUAAGCUCAAACUGUUUGUUCUUAUUUUCAACAACAAUAAAUUCGUUGUCAUCAAUCUUUAUACUUUGUGUUGCAUCAAGAAAUUGUUGCAUAGGGAAUUUGCGAUUGAAUUCUUUCAAGUUUCGCUGCAUUUGGAAGUUAACCACCAAGUGGAAAAUGGUUGAAAGAAGGUAGAAUGAUUACCGUGAAGCGAAUAACAAAUUAUGAAAUUUUUGUUA